CCAAAUCAAAAUCUGGCCACUGAUGUGAACCUGAGAGCUUGGAGUGGGGCGAGUUUGCUUGCCGACUUGUUUUCCCGCACAGACUGCUCAGGCUCGCUGUCACCACUCCCUUUCGCUGCCCAGUAACUACCAAAGCGUGCUUACUUGUUCAACUGAAGUAUGUAGUGCAUGCUUGGCGAAAACAAUCCGCCUCGAUGUGUCAGUGAAAUGGGCAACACCAACGCGACCCAAUUGUCACAAACUCCUCUUGGAACGGCUGGGGCAACGUCCUUCAGCAGCGGGCAGCCAAUGGGCUUUCAUGAGGUGCAUGGCGAGAAUGUGCGCCUGGAGCAAGGUGGCAAAGUGGCACGCCGAGCGGAGAGCUUCUGCAAGGCAAUUGUCUUCAGCUCCCGACCUGUGCAGGUCAACGAGAGGGUGGUGUUGCGCAUCACAGAGCUCUCCAAUGGCUGGAGUGGUGCACUGAGGCUGGGCUUCACAUCUCACGACCCAGUCACGCUACAGGGAACUCUGCCAAAAUAUGCUUGCCCGGAUCUGACCAACAGACCGGGUAACUGGGCCAAGGCGCUGGGUGAAAGGUAUGCCACGGAGGGCACAUUGCUACAUUACUAUGUGAACAACAUGGGAGAAGUAUUCUUCGGCAUUAAUGGCGAGGAGAAGGGGCUUUUUCUGAAUGGCGUUGACACCAGAGGGCCUCUAUGGGCGCUCAUCGAUAUCUACGGCAACACUACAGCCAUCAAGAUGGUCGAGGAUGAGCAGUUGUUGAACAAUCGAAAUGAGAUCAUUCGAAAUGUCACCCUGACAACUGGUGGUGUGGAGGACCUGAUUCGACAGAUGGAAGAGUUCAAUGAUUCAAGGGAGACAACCGGACCGACUCCAGUGGUGACUCAGGCAUCGGCCAGUUCAGAGCCACUUGAUGGCACACCUCUGCAGUCUCCGCCUCACCGCCGUCCCAUCACCAUGCACGCUCCUACUGGUGCGAGUGCCUGGCAGCGGCUAGUGUUUCACAAUGUGCUCGGCCCAAACGCUAGACUAGAUCCAACAGACAGACUGUUGGCAGAACGUUGUGACCUCAGCGAACUGCACGCAUUUGUGUUUGCUUCACGCACGCUCUGUCCAAACGAAAGGCUUAUGGUCAAGGUGGUAGGCGUAGACCCAGCGCUGUCUGGCUCUCUGGCUUUUGGCCUGACGACAUGUGAUCCGGCAACCCUUGCGCAAGCUGCCUCUGAACUCCCCAGCGACCUGGAUGCUCUUUUGGAUCGACCAGAGUACUGGGUCUUCCAGAAAGACAUUCCCUGCUUACUCAACGAUGAACUCACCUUUGUCACGGGGGACGAUGGAAAGGUUCAGUACUCGCAAAACAAUGGGUCAUUCAAAACAAUAAUGUACGUGGAUGGCACACAGCAGUUCUAUCCGUUUUUCGACAUUGCAGGCCGGGUAACAAAGCUCAAGCUUGUUGGGAGCAAGCGGGGACUGCCUGUGGCCGAGAGUGAACAAAGCCCGGAGCCCAAGGUAGAGAAAAUCACCACAAAAACACCAUCCAUUGAGGAACCUGACACUGAUUGCCGGAUAUGCUUCGAGAAUUCAAUUGAGAGUGUGCUCAUAAACUGUGGCCACUCGCUCACAUGCCACGACUGUGGCCUGAAGCUACUGCAAAGCCGUGACCCUCAGUGCCCCGUCUGCCGACAGCGUAUAGUCAAUGUCAUCCGCAUUUACAAAGCCUGAGUGAUGGCUAGCUGAUGAUAGUCACCUGACUGCCUAUAUAUCACUUGGCCAACAGUGAGCUGCGGGGGAGGGCGUGAAGCAAAUGCGCUGCUUCAGAAGAAGCAUGGCUAAGUGUUUCUUUACGGAAUUUUUCAAGCAUUACAGCCUGUGGAGAAGAUAAACUGAAUGAAAAAGAAAGCCCUGGAAAUAGCUGUGCAUGUUCUUCACAAGCAGACCUGCACAGCAUGGGGCUCAUGUUUAGAUUAUACUGUAACUAAAUUUUCAGUUUUCCUAAGUGCACUUCUGUCACGCAACUUAACAGCAAUUCACCUGUGCAUGAGCACUCUGUGCCCACUAUGUUCCAGCCUUUAGUGUCAACAAUACAAAUAUUCAGCUGUGCUGCAUGUUACUGAGAACUGCAUUGUAAAAACGUCGGAAAUAUCUGUUGUGGACAGAAGUGUGCUUCUAGACAAAGCGAAAUAUUUUUGAACGAUUGUACCUUGUGCUCUCGUAACGAUUACUAAAGUCCCCAAAUAUAAAUAGGCGCAAGUUCUUAAUAGCGCAUUAAAUUGUCUCAAACAUGUUGUAAAGUUUCUUCUUGUUUCACUUGAUAACAAACUCGAGUGCUCUUUACCUUCAACUGGAAUUCUCACUGGAGCCAGUGACCUAAUGGUUGCUUUUACUCCUUGUGUUUUCAGUAUAGAUAGUUGGGGGACAUGCAUUAAAUUGUUGCUAUCGUUUGGACAUGUUUAUUAAAGCGUUGCAUUGUGUCGUUGAA